AUGGCUUCCAACGACAAUUUGGCUCUGGUGAUGCCCAACACCCACGAGGAGGUUACGCUCAGCUGGCUGCAGGCCAUCCUGGAUGACAAGACCAUCUCGGCCUUCAACAUGACAGACAAGCGCAUGUUCGAGACGACCAGCAAGCUCUACAUCACGCUCUCGUACGACGGCCAGGAUGCAGCCGCAGACGCGCCCGCGGGCAAGCCCAAGCACAUCCUGCUCAAGGGCGGCUUCAGCCCGGCCAUGUUUGCCACGCCGGGCUACAAGGCCCUCCUCCUGCGCGUCUUCACGCAGGAGGUCGACUUCUUCAACGGCUUUGUCAGCACGCUACCGGCCGACAGCCGUCUGCAGGUGCCCAAGGUCUGGUGGGCAGCCGCCUCACCAGACCAGGCCAUCCUGGCCAUGGAGGACCUAAGGCAAGCCGGUUUCGUGUUUGGCGACCCGACCCGGACGUACGGCCUGGCCUCGGCUCUGUCCGGUGUCGAGCAGCUCGCCGCACUGCACGCCGCCACCUGGGCCUGGACCGGCAGCGAGCACGCCUGGCUGGCAUCGCCCAUGUACGAUGUCACUAUGCGCAGUCUGUUCGCUAUGUGGGAAGACCUCAUCCUGGCCGACGGCCGGCCGGUGCUGCCUGGCAUCAUCCGCGACGACCGCGCUCGCACAAAUCGUGCCAUGGAGACGUACCUUGGCUCACGCAACCCGCGCUUUCGCUGCCUCGUCCACGGCGAUCCGCACAGCGGCAACACAUACCUGAACGCCCAAGACGAGUCCAAGGUGCGGUUCCUCGACUGGCAGAUCGUCCACGUCGGCACCGCCUUCCACGACGUCGCCUACUUUGUCACCAGCAUGCUGACCAUCGAGGACCGGCGUGCCCACGAGUGGACCAUCAUCGAGCACUACCUUGCCGCCCUGGCAUCCGCUGGCGGUCCUGCCCUCACCGUCGAUGACCCCGAGGUGCGGCUCGAGUACCGCAAGGCCCAGUUCACCGGUCUCGGCUGGAUGCUGACCCCCUACGCCAUGCAGAGCAAGGAACGUGUCGUGGCCAUCGUCGCUCGGUACGCCGCCGCAAUUGUAGAUCACAAAACCAUUGAGUUACUGUCAGAAGAGCCGCAGGAUGCUUGA